ACGAUUAAAGGCAAAAACCAUUUCUUAUAUAUAUAAAUAUAUAAAGUCAUUACCUAACCUGAUUAGUUGAGUUUUGAUCAUCAACCACCAAGUCCAGCUGCCACAGCAAAAAGCAGAAACUAACUGAUAAUUGGACACCGAAGAUGGGGUCUCAGGUCUCUAAGCAGAUGGAACGAAGAAAGGAAAUUCACACCCAGAAGAAAACACUGUGUGAUCUCAAAAGUAGUGGAGUAGAGUACCCUGGUUGUGAAUACCACCCACAAGACAGGAAAAACUGGAUGUCUGGUCUGAACCCAGAGAAACUCCACAUCAACCAGAUCGUGUGGCCAGGAACCCACGAUUCCGCAACCAACAAGAUUGGUAUCCCAUUCGUAACUCGUCCCUUCGCCCAAUGCCAAUCCCGUUCCAUCUAUGAACAACUCGUGUUGGGUACGCGCGUCCUCGACAUUCGGAUCCAGGAGAACCGUCGCGUGUGCCACGGCAUCCUCGUCACUUACGGCAUCGACGUCGUACUCAACGACGUCAAGAAGUUCCUGUCGGAGACAGAGUCCGAGAUAAUAAUUCUGGAGAUUAGAACCGAGUUCGGCCACGAGGACCCACCACAGUUCGACAAGCACUUGGAGAGUGAGUUAGGUGAGUUUUUGAUUCCGCAAGAUGACGGCGUUUUUGGAAAGACGGUUGCGGAGGUUUUACCAAAGAGAGUUAUCUGCGUUUGGAAGCCGAGAAAAUCGGCGCAACCAAAGGGUGGGAGUCCCCUGUGGAGUGGUGGGUUUCUGAAGGAUCAUUGGAUCAACACGGAUCUGCCAUUCACCAAGUUCGACGGCAAUUUGAAGCAUUUGAGCGAUAACCCACCCGUGGCGUCGCGUAAAUACUUCUAUAGGAUUGAGAACACCGUUACGCCCGUUGCGGAUAACCCCGUUCUCUGCGUGAAACCCGUUACCAGACGCAUCCAUGGCUAUGCUAGGUCUUUCAUCGCUCAGUGCUUCGCCAAGGGCUACGCCGAUAAGAUUCAGAUUUUCUCUACGGAUUUCAUAGACGAGGAUUUCGUUGACGCUUGUGUUGGACUCACCCAUGCCAGAGUUGAAGGGAAAACCUGAAACUCAAACUGCAAAUUCUGUGUCUCAAUUAUUGCUAUGGUGUGUUACGGGUGUAUAUGUUUCCACCUGUGGCUGUUUAUACGUUCUUGUUUGUUAAUUAGUGGUGUUUUUCUUAAUUUAUUUAUUUCGCUGUAAAUCGCUGCUCCAGUAUUUAUUUUUUGGUCUGUAAACGUGUAUAAUGUAAAUUGCUAUAGCAUUUUGUGGGCUGUUCUUUAAUUAUAAUUGAGCGUCUUGUAAAAUAAAUUAAAAUUAUAUUUUAAACUAAUAAAAAUAUUAUCAAGAACCAAGAAAGCGUAAUCUAUUUAUUCAAAGAUGAUGAGGUAUUUUGAUGCAUUCUGAUUAGCUCAGAAUUUGUCACUUUAUUAAGUAUUAAUGAAUCAUUCUUCAGGAUACAGUAUCGGAGUAUCUAAGUGACUGACAGGCCCUCCCUUGACCAUGAAGUUUAUAAACAAGAUUAAAAAUGGAUUUGUCUGAUUCCGGAAUUCUUUUCUUUUCUUUUUCUUUUGGUAGAAUCAGAAAUUCUUUUGAUAAUCUCAGAAAAUAUGAAUUCGAACCGAUUUAAUAUUUGUCUAACUAGUAUUGGUAUCAGGGAUCUGCAUCCUCUCGGUGGCAAAACUGGCUUCUGCAUAGUAAGCAGCCAAACUGGCGUCGGUAAGUAGGCCCCGGCUCAAAAAUUUGGGCUAUCUUCAAUAAUAACACCUUAGGGAAUGGACUUAAAUACUAAACUUGGACCAAACAAAGUAAGUAAAUUUGGAUUGAAAUAUAAUCCUUUUUAAUUCAGGAGAGUACCUCAUAUACUACUGUCUCUCUCUUUUCUAUUCACACCACCUACUGUCAUUCUUAUAAUUCAAUUUUAAGAAAUGUGAUUAUUAUCUUUCGAAGGUAAUUAAAUUCCAAAUGUCAUUUAUCAUCAAUAACUUCCAAAAACUUUAUUUUGAAAGUAAUUUUAUACCUUCUAAAAAUUUAAAUUUGAAAAAUUAUUUACAAACCAUAUAAAAGGAUGAUGCUAAAUGCACUUCCUUUAUUUUGAAUUAAUUAGUUUUCAGAUUUUUUUUACAAAAAAAAUUAACAGUAGUAAAUUAAUAUCAAUAUUGAUAAAUCUUAAAUAUUUGACAAUAUAAGCACAAUACAUGUAAUUUUCACAUUUUAUAAUUAAUAAGACGCGUUAAAAUGUCGCAUUUCAAUUAUAAAUUGAGUUAACUAGUAAGAUAAUUUAAUGCGAAAUUUAUAAUAAUUAUUUCAUCCUGGGAUCCAAAUCCGGGGAAGCUAGCCAGCAGAUUGGCAUUAUGAAACAUUACUACAUCACAUGUGACUAGUGCCAUUACAUAGAUUAAAUUUUUUGUCUGAUCAAUUAUCGCUGUUGUACGUUGAGAAAUAGUGGGAGGUCCGAUUCUGAACAAAGAACAAGUGCCUAAACA